AUGGCCAAUGCUAUACUUCUUCCGAAAAUCUCAUAUUUCAAGACGCCUCGAUCUAAAUCAAGCUUGUCUUUAAAUCCAAACAGCAGAAUCCACGAAUAUAUCUCUCUGUGCCAGGGGUUUCAAGGUUGGAAAUACUGUAAUACCAAAGAAGAUUUGACUAGUAAGAGUUUCAGUAAUCUGAAGGACCUAGGUAGAAAAAGAGAUUGGAAUGUUGAGUGCGAUACCGUUGAGGUGGUCAGUAGUCGUGCUGAAGAACAUAUAACUCUAGUAACUAGCGAUGAUUAUGAAUAUCAGCCGGGAACGAGUCCAAUUGAAAUGCUUCCGCUUGAGAUUCUUCGUACAAUUAUACAGUAUUUAACCACGGAUAUCCCUUUAGAUUCAUUCACUCCGAAAAACACUAAUCUUUUGUCUCUACUACUGACCUCUCGAGUAAUGUACUCGGCGACUGUCAAUGAACUUUAUAGUUGCGUUACUAUAUCACAAUCUAGAAUCUUUCAAAGUUUUUUUGUUCACUUAACGAAUCAUCCAUCGCUGGGCGCCCUUGUUAAACGCCUUGAUUUCUCCAGCUUCAAUCCUACAGGAGCUGGUAUGACAGCAAGAGAACGAGCAGAAACAUUAUAUCUCAUUCCAGAGACACUUAAUAGAUGUCUUGAGCUCACACCACAGCUGCAGGAAUUUUUAGCACAAGAACACAUUCAUGAUGAUCUAGAUUCUAAGGUUAUUGAAAGACUUUUCUGCCAUCACCCCAGGCUUAAAGCCUUAGACUUUACUGCUUGCUCUUCUCCAAAAUUCUGCGAAGCAUUUACAAGCUUGGUCAAAUCAGAUCCAUCGCCUGUGUUAGCUACCAUUUCAGUCACUCGACUUUGCUUGCAUGAAUGCACUUCACUUACAGCCUCAGUAUAUUCUUUUAUUAUCCCUAAAAUGCCACAGCUUACACAUCUUGACGUCUCUCAUACCCAAAUCACAGACUCGGCUCUUCAUUCAAUUGCAGAAACAGCACAAAUCACACAUCUUAAUAUUUCUAGAUGUACCCAUUUAACAGGAGCUUCAGUGGUUGAUUUUAUUCUUAAUCAUAUCGCUGUCAAGAACCUAGUAUAUCUCAACCUAGCUGUUGACCCUAAAUCUCAUGAAAUGUUUGAUCAUGAUGAAUUAACAUUAUUACUCUCCCGGCUUCCUAAAACUCUGCGCUCACUCAACCUUAAGGGAAGUAGGAUGACUCCCUUCCAUGUUCCAUUUCUACUCCCUUUGAGCAAACACCUCGAGGAGAUAGGCCUGGGCCGUUAUCUUUCGCUUAGCGACAUAAUUCGUAUUUUAUUGCCGGACAAAACUCUUAUCGCCAUCGAUCAGAUAUCAUGGAAUCCUCAUACUCUACGCUACAUCGAUAUCUCUGAUCUCAGUGGCGUCCAACUUGAUUUAAUCACGUUAUUUAGUAUGUCAUGCCCUCUUCUUAAGCGCAUGACGGAACCACUCGAGGUUAUUGAGAUUAAUGCCGAGGUUCAAAAAAGAAUUCUAGGAUCUAAAUCAAGUCUUCAGAGAUUCGGGUGGACCAUUAACGAGACGGGCAAUCGAAUUUGGAUGAUGAGGGAAAAUAUUGACAAAGUGACAGAUACGGGUGAGCGGAUGUGGAAAUGGGGCGCUAGAAAUUGGGGAAUGAGAAAGAUACCUGUGGCUAGGGCUGAAGCAAGGGGAUUCUAUAAAUAUUGGAUGUUUAAAUAUGCUAAAUAA